AUGGAGUUGGAUGUUACAACAGCGAGUAAUGAAGAGUUGAUCCAAUUCUGUAUUCAGAAAGAAGAGGAAGGUGCCGUGUCUGCCGACAUUAUUGGCCCAACAGUGGUCAAAGUCACCCCUACCAUCGUCGUUAAAUGGGGAUACAGUGUGACUGCCACUGAAGCAGCGAUGCAAGAAUUCGCUUAUAAGAAUGUGAACCAUGACAUCGUUCGAGUCCCUCGGGUUCAUCGCUUUGUCCAGGAUGAAUUAGAGAGAGGAUUUUUAUUUAUGGACUAUGUCCCCGGCCAGAAACUAUCGGAUUUAGACCUCACAGUUCACACAGAUAUCAUACCCCGCAUCACCAAUAUCAUUGCUCACCUCGGGCAAAUCGAACAUGGACAAAAGCCAGGUCCAAUCGGUGAACAGGGUCCGCGAGGGUAUCUCUGGGGUGAUGACGGCGUGAAUAAGGCCUUCAUGUCUGUGGCACAUUUGAAUCGUUAUCUCAACAGGCGUCUCUCAUUGAGAAAUGACUCUAUUGAUCUCAGCCCAUACCCGCUCGUCCUCUGUCAUAUGGACCUGGUUCGUCGCAACGUGAUACUCGGAGAAGACAGAAAAUCCAUCUGUCUUCUCGAUUGGGGCCAUGCUGGGUUUUAUCCGCGGUUUUAUGAACUUGCGGCGCUGCCGUGCAUGAAUCCCUACGACGAACCUUACGAGAAGCCGCUUAUAGCAGCUGUGGAAUCAAUGAUGCAGUUGACGGAUGAUGAAAAACGCGAUAUGAAAUUGGUCGGUUACGCCAGAGCAGCAACCCUGAGAUGGCUAUUUCCCGAAGAGCCUGAGGAAGCUUAA